GGGUUGGCUGUUGUAUGAGAUGCAUUAUUACUUACAAAUCAAGAAUAGGGUCACAUGGCCAAAUGCCAAGGAUGACUGUGAAAGGCAAGGGGCCUACUUGGUUACCAUAGACACGGAAGAAGAAAAUAAAUGGUUGACAGAAACGUUCCUGCCAGUCUGGGGUCCUGGGGAAUGCAGUACAUGGUGGCAUUGUUGUUCACAUUGGAUAGGUGCGAACGAUAUUGAACAGGAGGGGAAGUUUGUCUGGACAGGAAACAACCGUGACGUCACUUCCUACUCCAACUGGUACCCCAGUGAACCGGAUAAUGCUUGGGUAGGGGACUGUGUACAAAUUUGCCAUGGGGGCGUCUGGGGAGAUUAUAAUUGUGACGGGGGGACGUUUUCAUACAUUUGUGAAAAAGAUUAAAAUAUUACAAGUCGUGAAAUCAACAAAUAUCGAAUAAACCAUUGAGAAUGUUUACAUAAAUUUGUGAAAAAGAUUGA